CGAGCAGCGUCGCGACAAGUCAAUGCCAAGCGCCCAGUGAAAGAGGUGAAACGAGAACGAGCCGAGAUCACAGAGGCACUGUUGAAGAUGCUCCCGGUACUGAAUGGCAAGUCUCUUUGUAUGAAAUAUUUGUCCAGAAUUGGUUGCCCGAGCCGCCGUGAUGGAUGCUUCUCCAAGGAUAGAGGUCAUUUUUGCCCCGACAGUUUGCCGUCGGAGGUUCGAGAUGUGAUUAUUCGCUGCUACGGAGGUUUCAAGCCGGAGUUCGCAAGG